CUCUGCCCGCCGGAAGGACGGAGCCUGGCAGUGUUUAUCUCGUUGGGGACUUAGGCGUCGGUUGGCGCGCAACUGGUUCUAGGCUGCUGGCAGCGCGAGGACCCGCGGCCCCGCCCCGGCCCGGCCUGGCAGGUAGCAGAGGCAGCAGGCCGUGCCGGGGGGGCAUGUUGCUGUAACCAGUGACCCAGGGGAUGUUACGGUGGACGGUGCAUCUGGAGGGCGGGCCCCGCAGGGUGAACCAUGCUGCAGUGGCUGUUGGGCAUCGGGUAUACUCCUUCGGGGGUUACUGCUCUGGUGAAGACUACGAGACACUGCGUCAGAUAGAUGUGCACAUUUUCAAUGCAGUGUCCUUGCGUUGGACAAAGCUGCCUCCAGUGAGGCCUGCCAUCCGUGGGCAAGCUCCUGUGGUACCUUACAUGCGGUAUGGACACUCAACCGUUCUCAUCGAUGACACAGUCUUCCUUUGGGGCGGGCGGAAUGACACCGAAGGGGCCUGCAACGUACUCUAUGCCUUUGAUGUCAAUACUCACAAAUGGUCCACACCCCGAGUGUCAGGAACGGUUCCUGGUGCCCGGGAUGGACAUUCAGCUUGUGUCCUGGGCAAGAUCAUGUAUAUUUUUGGGGGCUACGAGCAGUUGGCGGACUGCUUUUCCAAUGACAUUCAUAAGCUGGAUACCAGCACCAUGACAUGGACCCUUGUUUGUACAAAGGGCAAUCCUGCACGCUGGAGGGACUUCCACUCAGCCACAAUGCUGGGCAAUCACAUGUAUGUCUUUGGAGGCCGUGCUGACCGCUUUGGGCCAUUCCAUUCUAACAAUGAGAUUUAUUGCAACCGUAUUCGCGUCUUUGACACCAGAACUGAGGCCUGGCUGGACUGCCCACCCACUCCAGUGCUGCCUGAGGGACGCCGGAGCCACUCAGCCUUUGGCUACAAUGGAGAGCUGUACAUCUUUGGUGGCUAUAAUGCAAGGCUGAACCGGCACUUCCAUGAUCUCUGGAAGUUUAACCCUGUAUCUUUUACCUGGAAAAAAAUUGAACCGAAGGGGAAGGGGCCAUGUCCCCGCCGGCGCCAGUGCUGCUGCAUUGUUGGUGACAAGAUUGUCCUCUUUGGGGGUACCAGCCCGUCUCCUGAGGAAGGCCUGGGAGAUGAAUUUGACCUCAUAGAUCACUCUGAUUUACACAUUUUGGACUUUAGCCCUAGUCUGAAGACUCUGUGCAAACUCGCGGUGAUUCAGUAUAAUCUGGACCAGUCCUGUUUGCCCCAUGACAUCAGGUGGGAGCUGAAUGCCAUGACCACCAACAGCAAUAUCAGUCGCCCCAUCGUCUCCUCCCAUGGGUAGGAGGAAGUUUCUGCCUUCUGCCGCCUUCCCUCCUGAGCCUGCUGUUGUCUUCACUGCCCCUUCCCAUCUCACCUGCCUGCCCCUUUGGACCCUGGACUCAGUAUACCUCCAUGUGGAGAUGUUGGACUAGAGGUGUUUUGUGCUGUGAAUUCAGUGGGGGAGCUCUAAUGGGGAGGGCCAGUUCCCCGCCCCCCCUUGGGCCAAGGGCCCCUUCCCCUUGGUGCUCUGUUCCUGUCCACCUCCCUCCGACUGCUCCUGGGCCUCUGCCCUGCCCCAGGCCAGCCAGGUAGCUAGGCUCUGCUGGGAAGAGAAGGGAUUGGGGAGAAGGAGAAGCCAGCAGUGUGUGAGCCUCAGGAGCUUCCCUCUCCCUCCAUACCCAACCCCUCCCCCGUGCUUGAGCCUUGAGCAUUGACUGGGAACUGAGAGGAAUUGCAGCUGUUGGCUUGAAACCUCCUUCUCCCCGACGUGGGGAGACGGGGACCAGCAGAUAAUCCCACUCUUCCCUGAGCUGCUGCUGUACCCUGAAUGUCAGCCAGCUCGGAUUUUAUAAAAAUGAAUUAAAACCUC